CUUAGAUGCAUUUCGACAGGUGUCAUGAAAACUUUUAUCUUUUUACUUUUAACUAGUUUGCUGUUUGCUGAAACUACCCUGGGAGGGUUUCUCCUCUCUGACCUGAAUCAGACAGUUGAGGCUGAAGAAGGUCAUGAUGUCAUUCUUCAGGGUCGUCUGGACCCCCCCGUCGACUUGUCUUCCUACACCUUCGACGUGGCGAGACUCGACCUCGGUAUCUAUGGUGAUGUCUACUCCUAUCGACGGGGAGAGGACCACCUGGAUGACCAGAUGGACCGAUACAGAGACAGAACAACUCUCAACCAUGAAGACCUGAUCAGAGGCAUCGUGACUCUGAAGAUCUCCUCAGUAACUCUGUCUGAUAGUGGUCCAUACAAAGUCUACGUCCCAGACCUGACAGACAGUUUCAUCGUUAACAUCAUCGUUGUACCUAAAGGCCAAUUGAGCGAGAUGAAGAGAAAUGCUCAAGCCUCAACUAGACCUCCGGCUACCAGUCCUGAAGGUGAAAAUGAGAAGGCUGCCCGUGCUCAUAUCGUUCCCAUUGUUCUCCUAAUUCUUGUCGCUGUCAUCGGUGUUAUCAUAGUUCUGGUGAAAGGUGGAAUAAUGCAGAACUACAUGAGGCAGUUCAGAGAAAGGAGGAAUCAUCAAGCACAGACCACACAGGAAACCACCAGCAAGUAGUGUAGUGAUACCCCGGACUUCUUAAUGUGGGUGUAAACCUAAAGUGGAAUCAGUAUGUGAGGGCGGGUCACAGUCAGUCAAACACGGGAGUGCCAAAAGGAUGUUUGAUCACCAUUGUUAUUUUAUAUACUAAUGAUUGUGUCAGCCACAGGACUGAGGUUGACCACAUUCCCCCUCACCCCAGCCUGCCCGGGAACCCAGUAAAAAGUGAUGCUGUAGGAAGCCCAAAUCUAAAAAUCCCACACUAAAGAUCUCAUUUACAAUGUCAGGACGAGCUUUAGAUUUAGAACCGAUAAUGACGCACAUUUAACCAAUCAUCAAACUUCCACCUACCAAUGAAACGAGUUCUAGCCAAUCAGAUGCAAAGUAGGGCGGGUCUUUGCCGAAAUGUGAUGUGUGGUGCCGGUGUGGUCUCCGUGGCAAUAUGAAAGCUGCCCCCAAAAAUUAUAAAUCAAGUUUCCUUUUUUUAUUUAUUUAUUUUAUUUAAAGAACUAUACAAAACUUUUGCAACU